AGGACUCGAGAUCCCCACGCAGCCCAGUCUGCCGGUUACCCCUCUGUCGUAAGGAGAUGGUGACCAUGAGGGCCGUCCUGCUAGCGGUGCUGCUUGGGGUCAUCGCUGGGCCGGAAGGUGUACGCUCGGUCGCCCUCGGAGUGCCUACCCUGCAUCCCUCCGUCAGUGAUGAGGGCGGUGUGGAUCCGCGCGGCUUUCUGCUGCCGUGGCGAGUUUACAUCACCCACCACACCUUGACGUCACUGGUCACCGUCACCAAGCCCUUCUUGUGCGACGAUACGAACAACCGUUGCCGAACUACUCAAAUGCCGACUGUUCCUUCCACAGAUGACGGCUGCGGCGCGAGACGGCGGACGUCAUCUCCCGUGAGGACGGCCUCUCAGAAGCCGGCCCCCGUCGCAUCAGCUCCGGCGAAAAGCCGUCCGAAUCGCCGACGUCCGGUCACAAACACAAACACAAACACAAACACAAACACGAACACAAACAGAGUGUCUGGGCCGAGGCCGACCGUUAUCGAGACAGAUCGAGUGACCAUCGAGACCAUCCCUCCCGGCAGCAGUUCGGUGGACGCUGGGGAUGUCCAUAAGGUUAUUUUGAAGAGUGGGGACGUGGAAGAUCAGGGUGUCGACGGUGAUGUGAAACCGGCGCCUCAGACAGAGCCUGUAGCGGAGACGCAGAAAAUAGAUACUAACACAGAAGCACAGGAGCAUACAAGGGUUAAAGUGGCGGUUGCUGGGGACAUCGACUCAGGAGCAGACACAGAGGAAGAUAUUGAAGAUAUUGACUCAGAAAUAGACACAAAGGAGCAGUCAGAGGUCAACAUUGCGCCAGAAGAAGAGAAAAAUGCGCUCACACUGGCUGAGACGGAGCAGCCAGAGCCUGAUACGUCUGGAGAGAUUACACACGAAGAACAUGCAGAGUCUGAUAUAAGUGUGAGCACGGAUUUGCCCGCAGACAUCACCACUCUGGCAGCAAAGGACUCUGAGAUCUAUAAUAAAUCGCAGACAGGUACAGACUCAGAAUCAGACACUAACGUGGAGCUGGAGGCGGAGCAUGACUCGGAAAUUGCAACAGCAUCACUGGAGGAAAUAAACUCGCAAACAGACAGUGAACCAGACGCACACAUUGACUCAGAAAUAACACAUCCUGAUUCAGUUAGCGGUACUGAAAUCUCAGACAUGCAAAUUGAUCCAGUGGUUGCUGAUAUGGUGCGGCUUGGUACUCCCUCACCAGCCAAAGACAUCAUUGUUGAGAGUGGUUUAAAAACAGAAGACGAAGAAGGCAGUGGUGAGCAUGACAUAAACAAUGAGGGACAUGAAGCUGGCCAUGUAGAUGACAUUGGGAGUGGGGAACAGGACAAAGAUGAUGACGAAAAGGAGUUGGGCAGCGGGGAGCAAGACAUGGUUAACGAAGAACACGAUACAGCCAAAGAAGAAAACCAUUUUGCUCACGAAGAAGAUGAUAUGGCCAGUGGAGAUAAGGACAUGAGCACUGCAGAAAAGGAUAUCGUCAGUGGAGAAGCAGGCUCCGGUAGCGGAGAACACGACAUGCUUCAUGGAGAGCCGGACGCAGUCGACACACCCAUCUUCUUCGUCCCUCUGGAAUCAUCUGGCGACACCAGUCACGAGGCAACUGCCGAACAGUCCGAGAGCUCAGGAUCUGGCGCUUCGGAAGACGAGGAUAGUGCCGUAAUGUGGUCUAGCGAUUUACUGCCGGAUCGGUGGCCUUCUCCGGAGCAUGUUGGCAAACAAGAAUCAGCGCAAGUUGAAGGUUCAGGCAGUGAGGAAUACGAUUUAACGGAUAUUGUAGAUAUUCAUGGCGGCAUUAGCGUAGAGAAAACGGAUAAUCAAGAUGCUUCCGGGGAAAAUAACACCGAUAUGUUUGAAACAGCCGAAAAAGAUGCUGCUGAAGUUCAGGAGGAUAUUCAGAUCGGUGUUGAUGUCAACAAAAACUUUAUGGAGGAUAUACCUGCAAAGCAAAAUGAAAACGAUGAGCUCGGUGGUGAAGAUCAGCAAAAGAUAGCUGAAAAGGAGAAUGCAAACAACCACGGAAACAACGAGAGCCACAUCAGCAUCAACAACAACAGCAAGCACGAGUCCUUCGAUCGAGAAGAGCCGGAUACUGCAGCGGACCAAGAAGAGACUUCUCAGCCGCCUUCAUCUAAGAGUCCUGAGGCCGAGGAUGCCCCUGAUUCUGACGAACUGGAGGAGAGUCUUCGUUCCGCCAUCCAGCUCCAGAGCUCCCAGCAGGAGCUGGAGGAGUCUGACCCCGCUACUGCCUCUGAUCAGAUGAAUGGUUUGGAGCGAGCGCGCCUCCUGCUGCUGGGCCACCGCCGGCGGAACCGUCACCGGUACGAGAUCACCGUGACCUCCACGGUGACCUACACUGACCUGAGCUUCACGGUGGCGCGGUACCGGCUCGACUGCCGCGCCGACCUGUCCACCCUGCCUCCCUGCCCGGCCCAGCAGGUGGAGAUGAUGGGCCCAUGUAUGUAUUGACAUGUAUUGUGGUGAAUAGGUGGUUAAACUGAGACUUAUCGGUGUUCUCGGGGCUACUGACACUGUUGGCGGUUUGUGUUUGUUAGGCCUUUCGACAGGUGACUGUUAUAUGAGUUGCCCAGUCAACAUACUACACAAUACAAUGACUGCGAGCACAUGAGAAGGGCAAGAAUGCCUUUCGAACGCUUAGAAAUACCGAGCGAAUAGGACUAUUCAUCCACAAUACGAAUUCACGUGCACACGUAUUUCCGAUAAAUGACAGAAGACUUGGCGGCAAAUUGGCUCGCUAUGGCCUGUGCCAAGUAAAAAACUGCUUCAUUAUUUGUGUCUCGACAUGGUACUGACCGGAUCUCAGUAUACAGUUGGAAGUGACUUUUAUCUAAUGGUUCGCAAUUAUUUUGCCUGUUGUUACGCUAAACAAGCUAUGAAUAGCUGUCUUACAAUAUGUUGCGCGUGUAGAUUCACAGAUAUGCAAAUAUAAUAUUUCGUGUGGUGUAAUGGCUUUGUGGGUAAGGUUGACAUGAAUUUGCGUUGCCAAUGCAUGGAAUUGUGUUGUCAAUAUCACCUAUUCAAUUACGACGGAAACAGUAGGUGACAUGGAUUGCACGCUCAAAUCCAAUGUCAAAUCGAUCCCAAAUCCAAUGAGCAGAAUGAUUGCAUUAAAUUCAGGUGCAGAAGUGUUUAGAGUUAUCCAUUUAAAGUUGGCUUAUAUUUGAUUCAUAUAGCAAAUUCAUUAUUCAACAUACGAAAUACCAUGCGUGGAUAUA